UUUUCUCCAUGCCUGUUGGAUCUCAUGCGUUUAGUAGCUUGGCUUCGCCCUUGUUUGUAAAGCUAUAUAACUGGUGCCGUGCUGUAAUAGAAAAUCUGUUCAUCCCGGCUCAUCUUGGACUUCUUCUUGCGGUCGUGGGGUGAAGGCGUACUGGGCGUCACAACAUAUUCUUCUGGCGACGGAGGUGUUGAAAAUCAUGACUAUUUCAUUCGAACAGAUGCAGUCCCUCCUCCAACAGCAGCAGUUACAUUUUGAAAAGUCGCAACGGCAUUUAAUUGACUUGUUAUCAGAAAAACUGCACAUCCAGGUGGAUUGGGAACCGGAACCCGUUUUGACAUCACAUGAAAUUGAAGCUGAAUGCCAUAGGCUGCUCAAUUUGAACAACGACACAAAAAUGAUUGAAGUCUCAGCUUCCAGAACAGAAUCCCAAUCCCAUCAUACAGUUAUUGGUGGCCAACAAUUGAGCUGUAAUGUGCCGGACCGGAAGCCCCCGACCGCAUUUUGGAACGGUGGUGAGAGGCAAACAGUGAGAGAUUGCGCCUACAAAAUUCCUUACUCUCAAGAAGCACGCAAAUACUGGCGCGUGUGUACUCCAAGGGUGCAGGCAUGCUUGAAACUGAAAAGGACCAGCUUCCACGAUGUAACAAAGUUUGCAGGGAGGAGAAGACGCCUGACAAUGAAACGCGAUUAUGUUCCCGUGUCCCUACAGCCACAAACAGUGUCUGCUAUCACGAUCGUUUCUCGAUCGAUAAGGACAAAAAUUGCCAAGACAUCGGACAGAUUAACCGAACUCAUGGUCCAAAAUACUCCAGGGGAACGGUUACAGCCAGACAGAGCACACGCCUGUGAACAAAGACCCAAGGAAAUGCAACGCCUGGAAAUCAUUUGCCUAGCCAGACGUGCGGAUUUUAAUCUGUGCAAAGUGGAAGAAAUUCGGAAGUUAUACUUGCUCAAUGAGUCAACGAAUCAUGUCAUGUCUUGCACUAAGGUGAAUACAAGUCCCGUAUACUCCAGUGCUGACAACUUACUCGAACGAACGACAUUGCACACUUGGCCUGAGCCCGAACCACCUUGGUGUUGGAUGCAUGUGGACCCAGGUGGACCCGCGUCGGAAAAGCUAUGUUCCGUACAGGUAACUAACUUUUUAGAAGGGGGAGAUGUUAGGGAGCUGGCUACUUAACCCUCAGUUUCAUGAAUUAUGUUAGUUGCCUAUUUCUUUGUUUGCGCAGUUACCUGCUUCUCUGCUACAUUUUGGACACGCCGCUUUCCUCAGCCUCAUUCGCAAUCGCUCACAGCUAAUUUCAGCCGUCUCAUUCUGUGGACAUUCUGAUUGGUUUCUUUUGCUCAGCGUUCCUUAGCUUUUCACGUGGAUGUAUUAUUCAGCCGACACAUAUUUAUUAUACCUGUUUUUAUUUUCCUGGUGUGUAUCAUUCUCACUAUCAACUGUUCUGGCAUUUGUUUAAACGCAUCACUUCUCCACACUGAUUGGACGCUACUCGUCGUUUUUAAUGGUCGCUCACCAGAAGGUUAGCCCCAGGGAUUAACUCCGCAGACACUAUCUUCUUUGCCGCACUUCAUUGGCUCGUAAUUUUAGCGAUUCUCAUUUGCUUGUUCCAUUUUGUGUUUUCUCCAUGCCUGUUGGAUCUCAUGCGUUUAGUAGCUUGGAUUCACCCCCGUUUGUAAAGCUAUAUAACUGGUGCCGUGCUGUAAUAGAAAAUCUGUUCAUCCCGGCUC